AUAGGAUAAGAGCGUUUGGAGUGGAGUGGAAGAAGUCAGAAGAUUGUAGAGAGUAAUUAAGAGUGACAGAGUUCGACGUCAGAAGUAGGUCGAAAAAGGCUUGACGUGUCCUGAAUGUACCAGUGCUAAAAACACAUUUCUUGAAAUAUUGUAGUCGAAAUGGCUGGCGGAAAAGAAUCAAAGGAGACUGAACCACCGGUGAUAAAAAUAAACAAAUGGGAUGGAUCGGCAGUGAAAAAUGCCUUGGAUGAUGCAGUUAAGGAAGUUCUCAUCAAGAAAUAUAAUUAUGUAGAAAAUUUUGCAUUGUUGGAUGGAAGAUUGGUAUUAUGUGGAGUGGCUGUUGGUGUUGCGCUGGUAGCACUGCUAUGGGACUUCCUCUACCCGUUUCCUACAUCGAAACCAGUUUUAAUUUCUUGCGUUUCCAUAUACUUUGUUUUAAUGGGGAUUCUAACCCUCUACACAACCUACAAAGAGAAAGGAAUAUUUUUAGUCGCUGUUCAGAGAGAUCCUGCGGGAUUUGACCCAGACGUAAUUUGGGAGGUGAGUUCGUAUAUGAAAAAAUACGACGACAAAUACAGUCUGGUUUUUGCCGUAAAGAGUGGCAAGAUAGCAAAUCAAGGCACAGUCGAGAAAUCAGUAGCGAACUUUAUUGAUGUCAAUGGCGUCGUCAUUCCAGAGUUGGUCGAGGCUGUCGUGAAAACGAUACACGACAGUCUUACCAUUCAACGAAAAGAGAAAUAAGUUUUAAAAGCACAAUGAACGAAGAAAUAUUUAUUAAAGACUGUUUAUGGGUAUUCCAGCACCUAAGUACAGAAGCUUGGUUCUAUAAAUCGGAAAAAAGCGAAUUUGCACGAGGUCAUCGCACAAUAAAAGUGGAAGACAAUUCUUCGAUAUUGAAUGUGGUGUCGCUCGAGCAGACAUUUUGUACCAACGUCCUUCAGUUUCUGAUUUCUUGGUUCUUGUUUCAUUUUGACGAAUUUGAAGUCUCGUUAGCAGUGAAUGGUGUGAAUUUGUAUUGUGUUUGUUUUGUUGUAAAAAUUAUUACUAAAUACAAAAAUUUUACUGAA